UACUCACUUUAGUACCAGUGAGGUUCCUGGCAAGAGACAAUGUCAAGAUGAUCCUGUUAUGGGUAACAUUGCUUGUUCUUCAUCAAGUAUAUUCGCUGGUUCCAGUGAUCACAGUUCAACUUGGGGAACCUGUGACCUUCACAUGUCCUCUGCCUAAUCUUGAGGUCAGCUGGAGACAAUUUUACUGGUAUAAGCAAACUGCUGGAAAUACUCUGAAAAUAAUUGCUGCACUGCGGAUAUCUACAAAACCUGAUUAUACACCAGAGUUCUUUGAAUCCAGAUUGGAGGUAACAAAUGAUAAGAGUUUUGUCAAUCUGACCAUUGUGAAGACAAUUCAAGAAGAUGAGGGAAUGUAUCACUGUGAGAUCUCAGAGUGGACUGGUCGUCCUGUAUGGAGAGGGAUGUAUUUGUUACUGAAAGGAAACUCCCAGAGGACAUCAAACUAUACUGUUGUUCAGAGUCUGACAGUAUCUGAUCCAGUUCGUCCAGGAGACUCAGUGACUCUCCAGUGUUCAGUCCUCUCUGAAUCUGAGGACAAGACGUGUCCAGGAGAUCACAGUGUGUACUGGUUCAGAGCUGGAUCAGAUAAAUUGCAUCCUGAAAUCAUCUACACUCAUGGAAAUGACUGUGAGAAAAGAUCUGACUCUCUGAGGAGCUGUGUUUAUCGCUUCUCUAAGAACGUCAGCUCCUCUGAUUCUGGGACUUAUUACUGUGCUGUGGCCACAUGUGGAGAGAUCAUUUUUGGAAAUGGAACAAAACUGUUUCUGUCUGAUACUGGAGAGCAAACAGUAAGUUUAUUCAUUGUGAUGGCGAUAUUAAUAGUCUGCUUGGCCAUUUCUGUGAUUGGAAAUAUUGUUUUCAUCUGCUGCAGAACUCCAAGAGCAGAGUGUGUAAAAUCUAAAGGAAAAGAAAGUGCCUCUUUACAAAAAGGACAUGACAACUCGAGCCAACCAGUACAUGAUAUUACUGAAAGUGGAGGUGAUCUGAAUUAUGCUGCGUUGAAUUACUCUGGAAGGAAAGUUAACAGAGGAAGGAAGACUAAAGAGUGGACUGAAGAAAGUGUGUACUCCUAUGUUAAAUGGAAAUGGAUAGACUGCCACAGGAUCACUAUGGACUAUGGAUUUUGGCUCACAACAAACACACCAUCCCUGCCAUACUGGACCAGCAUCAGUUUACCUACCAAACAAACAGAUAUGAUGUGGUAUAUCACCUCCACCUCUUGUGGUCUCUGUUACUGUGGUCACGUCACAUCCCCUCUUUUACCCACUGAAGUACCAGUGAGGUUCCUGGCAAGAGACAAUGUCAAGAUGAUCCUGUUAUGGGUAACAUUGCUUGUUCUUCAUCAAGUAUACUCGCUGGUUCCAGUGAUCACAGUUCAACCUGGUGAAUCUGUGACCUUCACAUGUCCUCUGCCUAAUGUUGAGAUCAGCGGCAGACAAAUUCACUGGUAUAAGCAAAGUGCUGGGAAUACUCCGAAAAUAAUUGCAACACUGCGGAAAACUUCAAAACCUGAUUAUUCACCAGAGUUUUUGGAAUCCAGAUUAGAGGUAACAAAUGAUAAGAGUUUUGUCAACCUGACCAUUGUGAGGACGAUUCAAGAAGAUGAGGGAAUGUAUCACUGUGAAAUCAUGGAGUGGAUUAGUCAUCCUCUGUGGAGAGGGACAUAUUUGUUAAUAAAAGGAAACUCUCGAAGGACCUCAAACUAUACUGUUGUUAAGAGUCCAACAGCAUCUGAUCCAGUGACUGUCCAGUGUUCAGUCCUCUCUGAAUCUGAGAACAAGACGUGUUCAGGAGAUCACAGUGUGUACUGGUUCAGAGCUGGAUCAGAUAAAUCUCAUCCUAACAUCAUCUACACUGAUGGAAAUGAUUGUGAGAAAAGAUCUGACUCUCUGAAGAGCUGUGUUUAUCGCUUCUCUAAGAAUGUCAGCUCCUCUGAUUCUGGGACUUAUUACUGUGCUGUGGCCACAUGUGGAGAGAUCCUGUUUGGUAAAGGAACUAAAGUGGAGACAAAUUGUGGAUCAGAACUGGAUCCAAGCUUCCUUGUUCUUGGAGUACUGUUGGUCUGCUGUGUGACUGUGAUUGCUGUACUUAUUUUGAGUGAAAGCAAACACUGUGAACAUUGCAAAGGAGGCAUGUUUCAUCACAUUGGACAAGACAAGUCACCUGCGGAUCAGUCAAAUGAUUUGGAUGGUGAAAUAAAGGCAGUCAGCUAUGCAGCACUGGAUUCCUCCACAAGCACAAUGAGAAGAGGGAAGAAGAGGAGAGAAUACAUCCAAGAGUGUGUGUACACCGUUGUUAAAACAGAUUAUUACAACCAGCAACACCCCUGUCUGUAGGCGGAGCAGGGCCUGUGCACCAAGUCUCUACAGAAGUUCUCAGUUUGGGUGUGUGCGCAGCUAACAUUUUAUUCUCAGCUGACAGCAAUUGCAAAAAGAAGGAGCUUUUCCUAAUCAGAGUAUGUAUAUUCUCUAAAAAGGCUUUGGGAGAGCACCAGCUUUUCAGUUUUGUUAAUUUGUUAUAAAGUGUAUGUGCCAGUAUUUCUGUAAGGUGACACAUUGUUGACAUGUCUGUAGACCUUAAUUUGCUUCUGGUGUUUU